CCUGGCGCAGUUGCUGUGGAUUGCGACCUGCAGAAGAAGAGGCCGAAAGAGAGACAAGAGGAAGGAAAAUGACAGGGCGCGCAAAAAGAAAACCCAAAUCCAUUCAGGAGUCAGGUACAGGCAAUGGGGAGUUGAAGAAAGCCCGUACUGAUGAGUCCAAAGCUGUGCCAUUGUCAAAGGUGGAUUCAGAGCAACGUGAUGAGAUGGUGCAACUGUACAAGUUUCAAAUGCCGGAAGAUCUGUACCACUUCUGGGAUUUCUGCAAGGAUCUUUAUCCUGACAACCCCCGUGGUGCGUUGAAAGACUCGCUGGGUUUGCAGCUGGUUGGUCCUUUUGACAUUCUGGCUGGAGCACACAAAAACUCAAAGAAUCCUCAGCCUAACUUCCAUCUUCACUGGAGGUAUAUUUAUGACCCACCAGAGUUUCAGACCAUACUUCUGGGGAAUGAGGACAGCCAGCAUCACAUUGGCUAUUUCAGAGAUACUCCAGACUCCCUUCCUUCUUUUGUUGGGGAAAAUGAAGCCAAGAAGGGCUGCACUAUAACACAGAUGGGUGACAACUUGUUUGCUGCUGUCCUCCUGCAUUUGUUGAAGAAGAGGAAAGAGAGGGGCAGCAAGAAAGGCGGGGGAGAAGCUUUGGAAAGCUUGGAGGCAAAGUUGAGAGACAGGGCAGAGACUCUGGGCUUGUCUCUAGAGCAGAAGACCAAAGGCAUGAAGCAGAGGGACAAGAAGGUGGUUACCAAGACAUUCCACGGUGCCGGCAUCGUCGUGCCAGUAGACAAGAACGAUGUCGGAUACAGAGAACUACCAGAAACAGAUGCUGGUCUUAAAAAAAUUUGCAAAGCAAUUGCUGAAGCACGGGAUGACAAAGAGCGCGUCAAAGCCUUUGGACCUCUCCAGGAGAUGAUCACGUUUGUUCAAUUUGCCAAUGAUGAGUGUGACUAUGGCAUGGGUUAUGAGUUAGGAAUAGACCUCUUCUGUUACGGAUCCCAUUAUUUUCACAAGGUAAUCAAGCAACUUCUGCCCAUGGCCUACAGUUUGCUGAAAAGAAAUUUAUUUGGGGAGAUUUUGGAGGCCCACCUCUCCAGCCGUAGCCAUGACAACCUGGACCAACUCUCUGCACAUUAAAAAGACUUGGAAGUUCUUUUCAGUUCUUAGUGUCAUAAGCUUUUCCCACCAUGUGUCCUUGUCUUUUGUUGUUCGUCAUUGUUGAUGUUUCUUGGUGGUUUUGGUGCUGCUGUCAUUGAUUUGGAACCAGUUCAAUGAUAUUUUGUUUGUAAAGGGUAGAUGUCUAAUAAAGUAUUUUUUAUAUUUUUACAUGUCCAAUUUUUGUAUCAAAGGCGAUCUCAGUGAAUCCUAAAACUAAUGAGUUUACAACUGGGUCGUGCAGUAAUUAUUGUGUGUACUGUUUAGCUGUUUCAUUGUUGAAUUUGGAUCAAGGCAGAAUGUAUUUUGCUGUUGGCUUGGCGUCUGGUAUUAUAGGUAAUCUUAGAAAACAUUGCUUGUUGGACAGUAUUGUGUUCUGAGUGUAAUACCAUUGCACUGGAGACAGAGGGCAGUGAUUUGUAUGGAAAAAUGAGCAUCAUGAUGUGUUUGUGAAAGACAUUGCUAACUUACCAGCUGAAGCAUCAUGUAGCGAUUAGUUGCACCAAACAGGAAAUGACAGAUUCCUCAGGAUCAUUGCUGCAUUAACCUUCAUGCAGUUCCUCUCAUGUACAGUCCAAACGGCUCACGCUAGAAGCUAUCUCCAUUACAUUUUGCAGAGAGAAAUCAGUUCUCAUGUUCUAUAAUCCUGUAGGUUUUAUGUAAAUUGGCGAAGCUCAAUUUUGUUUGGGUAAAU